AAGAAGAAGAAGAAGAAUAUCACCUGUUUGACUCUUUCAAGCGAGAUGUCUCUGCUGUUGUCAGUGCUGGCCGCUGGGCUCGCUGCUUAUUUACUUAUUUAUUACUGUUUGUUCAAAGGAGCCCGAUUUAAGAGCAACACGACGUUGAAGGGGAAGACAGCAAUUGUUACAGGAAGUAACACUGGCAUUGGCAAAACCACAGCUAUGGAUCUGGCUAAAAGAGGGGCGAGAGUAAUCCUCGCCUGUCGAAACCACCAAAAAGCUGAAGCUGCAGUGUAUGACAUUCGAAGGGAGAGUGGAAACUCAGAGGUGCUGUACAUGCAUUUGGAUUUGGCCAGUUUUAAGUCUGUGCGCAAUUUUGCAGAGACUUUUCUGAAGAGUGAACCAAGGCUUGACUUGCUGAUCAACAAUGCUGGUCUUAUCACAUCAGGCAGAACAGAGGAUGGUUUUGGUAUGGCAUUUGGUGUGAACCACCUGGGUCACUUUUUGCUGACGCUGUUGUUGUUGGAUCGUCUAAAGGAGGCAGAGCACGGCCGUGUAGUCAACGUGUCUGCCCUGCUUUAUCGGCUGGGGUCUAUAGAUUUUAACCUCCUCAACAAGAAUAAGGACCUGGUCACGGGCCAAACAUACUGGCACGCGCUCAGAGCCUACUGCAACAGCAAACUGUGUAAUGUGCUCUUUACCCGAGAACUUGCAAACCGCUUGGAUGGGACCAAUGUGACCUGCUAUUGCCUGCAUCCAGGUGUAAUAGCAACUGAGAUCGGACGGAACAUGGGCUUAUUGCAGAAGCUGCUUUUCGUGCCAAUGUCUAAGCUGUUUUUUAUGGAUGCUGAGGGAGGUGCACAAACCACACUCUACUGUGCUUUGCAAGAGGGCAUUGAGACUCUGAGUGGACGCUACUUCUCCUCCUGUGCUCUGCAGAGUGUUAGUGAUCUAGGACGGGAUGAUGCCCUGGCCAGAAAGCUUUGGGAAGUGAGUGAGAGGCUUUGUGAACUGGUGUAAAGGAGCUCACACAAGUUUGUGGAACAAUAGAACUCUAACUGGGGAUAAGGGAAACAAUCAACAGCCAAUCAAGUGUCAGCUACUGAACUCUUUGGGGUUCUUCAGGUAAUUAAAUUUUGGUGGGACAGUCUAGCUUAGGGGGCUCUUAUGAAAUUUUGUUGCCUUAUAUGAACAUGUGUUUGGGGAACACUUAACCACAGGAUUCUUUAAUGUUUUUAUGAUAUAGUAUGUUAAUUGACAUAAUUAAGUCCUUACUAAUAAUAAAAGACUUAAUAAUUACUCAAGAAUCCCUUUAUUUCAUU